UUUGUUUUUGUUGAUGCUGGUUACAUAAAUCAAAUAAUUUACUAUCUUUAGCCUUGGAUAUAUGUUUCUUAUUCAGUCUAUUUCCACAUUCAUCCAACUGGAUUGUCCGUAAAACUGUCCAAAAACUCGGAUUAGUUGUUCCAACUAAUUUUUUGAAUGAACUAUUCCACCAGUGGCGUAUUUACGAGGGUAGGGGUCCCGGGUCUCAACCCCCCCAGAAAAAAAUGUAAAAAGUCAAAAAAAACUUGGUACGUAGGUACCGAGAAAGAGAAUAUUAAUUUUAUAUUAUGGGUUUUUACUUUGGUUUAACUUUUGGUUAUUUUUGUCACGUCGUCGCCGUCCGACGACAACAAUUACGACGAAAACGAUUCCGACGACGAUAACGAUGUAACAUAAUAAUAAUUAUUAUAUGAUUAUAUUAGUAGGUACGCCGACUGUUAUCGACAAAUUAUAGUAGGCAUCUGGCAUUCUGUGUAGUGCGUUCGUUCGGUCUUAAUAAUUUGCAAUUUGUUAUACGGCAUUGACAUAAAAUUUGUUUAAUUCGCUACAUGAAUACCGAAACACUUAACAAGACAGUAAGGACGCCUAUAUGAAAAUUUUAAUGAAAAUUAUCCUGUAAGAUUUUCUGAUAUGAACAAGAAAUUUACAUUUGAACAAAAGCAGUAUAUUUUAAAAUUAGGACCAUGCCAACCAAGUGCUCAAGAGAUGCAAGAGAUCCUUAUAAACUAUUUUUCUGAUUUGGAAAAAACAUGUCAUUUGCCUAAGCACCUUCAUAAGACUGAUCUAAUAUCUUAUGAUGGUGACAGUAAUGAUGUUAAUUCGGAUUCUGGGGAAGAAGAAGCUAUUAGCUUACCUAGCAACUCCAUGAAUAUUAGUUCACUAUUAUAUAUAUUUCAAUUGUUUACGCAUUCAAGCAUAAAAUAUGUACUACCAAAUAUUUAUAUAUUAGUGAAAAUUGGAGUAAUAUUGCCAGUUUCAAGUGCUACUACCAAACGAAGUUUUUAAAAAUUAAAAUUAAUUAAGACAAGAUUGCGAUUCACAAUGGUAGAGGCAUGAUUAGAAAGAUUGAUGCGCAUAGCUUGUGAACAAGAUAUAACAAUUAACAAAGAAAAUGUAAUAAAUACAUUUGCAAACAACAGCUAUCAAUUAAUGCAUUUAUUAAUUUAGAUGAUAUACAGAGUGAUUGAUUUUACGUAGAACACUCAUUAUUUCGCAAAUCAA